CCGGGAGUGAACGUCACAUUCCUGCAUUCCCCCCUUUCCUUUGGACGUCGGAGUUAUAGCUGCCGCUAGAUAGCUAACCCUCUUCCCCACUUUUCUUUUGGGGGAGGAAAAAAAACAACAACACCCAUGACGCGGCGGGUCUGAUCUCAGGAGGAGAUCCCGGGUUCACCAGGAGGCCGAGUCUCUCUUCGGGUCACGUUCCUCCUCCCCCCCUCCCCCCUCCCACACCCCGCCAGCCGGGGGGGUUGCCAUGGAGAACUCCUCGGUGGCGUCUGCGUCGUCCGAGGCCGGGAGCACUCGCUCGCAGGAGAUCGAGGAGCUGGAGCGCUUCAUCGACAGCUACGUGCUGGAGUACCAGGUGCAGGGGCUUCUGGGAGACAAGGCCGACGGAGACCUGGACCGCGACAGCGACGUCAAGGUGCCGGAGCAAAUGACGGCACCUUCUCCACCUAUUUCUCUCCACCAGUGGACAGAUGAUUGUGACUACAAGAAAGAUGGCAGCUGGACGUCUUCAAGGGGAAGAGGCUCAACCAAGCGCGACGAGUGGGAACACAGCAGCAACGGCAGCACCUGCUCGCGGCCCAGCUCCGGCUCCAGACCCGGGUCCGGCUCCCGCUCCGGCAGCAGGGGCAGAAACAACCAGUUCACAGGCCCUGCCAUGAACGGGAACAGAGACGGCUCCUUGGACAUCCUGGGGACAGACAUAUGGGCCGCCAACACAAUGGACUCAUGCGGAGGUGCUGGUUGGGACAUCCAGCCGGAGAAGCUGGACUUCAGCCACUUCCACAGAAAACACCUCCGAGGAAUACCAAAGCACCUGCCCCACAUCGACAGAGAAGGGAUGAACAAAAACAAGUUUGAGGAAGAUGACGGUAUAGACAUGAACGACAUAGAGCGGUUUCUUCCCCAUCUGCGAACCGUCUUCCCACCCCUCCCUAAUGAGGCCGAGAUUGCACACACCAAAAAGCUCUUCCGACGCAGGAGAAAUGACCGACGAGCGGUUGAUCAGUUCACCCGAGACCAGUUAACCGUACUUCUGCCUUCUGGCCCCGGGGGAAAGCGGCAUGUCUCAGCCAGGAGACAACAGCGGCCUCAGGGAGAUGGAGGUGGUUGUGGAGGAGGACGAGGGAGGAACCAACCUCCGCUGAUACAGCAGCAGUCACCACAGCACCAGAGGGAUCCGCCCCAACAGCCUUCUCCAAACCAGCACGAGCAGAAUCUAACUGGGGGAGACAACAGAAACACCAGCGCCGGUCGGCCGCCCCGCCAGUACCAGGGAGGUCACGGGCCGCGCCAAGGAGGCCCCCCGCACCACGGCUACAGCCAGAACCGCCGCUGGCCCCACAGUCAGAAAGGUCAGGGGCACGGACACACAGACUUCCCGGCCGAUAAGGGAAUGCCCGCGAGAACUACCAAAGACAAAGAGACGGAGAAUGUAAAACCGGAGGAGGGGCCCGUCAGAACGCCCCCGCACCACGGCGGCAGGAGCCCCGCCGAAUCGCCCGGACCGGCGCCGACAGCCGGCCCGAACGCCCGGCCGCACCCGGCGGGCCCAAAGGAGUCUCCCGACGCACCGGGGGCUGGAACGGGGGGCGAGGGCCAGUCGCAGCAGCCCAGGAUCAGCCUGCUGCAGUCGUCCAAGGAGAGGCUGAGGAGGAGACUAAAGGACAAGGAGGAGGCGCGCGUGGAGGCGCCGGGCUCCGGCUCGCAGAGCAUGGACCGGCUGGUGGACCUCCUCAACAGCAUGAGGAGCAACAGCAGCGGGGUGGAGCGGCAGCUGGCCUCCUUCAUGGAGGAGGCGCAGUGCUCGGCGCGGUCCGAGGAGGCCCUGGCCCAGGUGGUCAGCACCAUCUACGCCAAGGCCGUGUCGGACCGGAGCUUCGCCGCCACGGCCGCCAAGCUCUGCGACAAGAUGGCGCUGUUCAUGGUGGAGGGGACCAAGUUCAGGUCGCUGCUGCUCAACUUGUUGCAGAGGGACUUUGCCUGUCGGGAGGAGCUCCAGCAGUCGGAUGUGGAGAGGUGGCUAGGUUUCAUCACCUUCCUGUGCGAGGUGUUUGGUACCAUGAGGAGCAGCUCGGCGGACCCCUUCAGGGUGCUGGUGUGUCCAAUCUACACCUGCCUACGAGAGCUGUUGGAGUCCACGGACGUUAAGGAAGACGCAGUCCUGUGCUGCUCCAUGGAGUUGCAGAGCAUGGGGCGUCUCCUGGAGGAGCAGCUCCCGGAGAUGAUGACGGAGCUGCUCGCGGCCGUCCGGGACAAGAUGCUCAGUCCGGCCGAGUCGCAGCUGAGCCGCUCUCUCCUCAUGGAGGUCAUCGAGCUGCACGCACAUCGCUGGGGCCCCCUGGAGGCCCUCACCACCCAAUACUACAACCGCACCAUCCUAAAGCUCACCACCACUGCCUAGGAGCCGGCCCGCACAGGAGAAGAGGAGGAGACGAGACCCCCUCCCCCUCCCCCUCCCCCUCCUCUUCCCUUUCCUUAAAGAAACGGCCAUCGGCUCUUCUACAUUUGACCAAAACACAGGAAUUUUGUUUAUUUGUAUAUUUUGGUAGUUUCCCUCCAAGCAGGCGACCACUCCCACGUAUAAAC